AUGCGAUACCAACGCCAGGUUGAGCCGGAGAGGCUCAAAGAGCGCAGUGGUAACGCGCCCCGGCAAGGCGGGAGUCGUAACCAGAGUGCCUCUGAGCACGCUCAGAACGAUGUCCCCUCGGAAGGCGGGCGCCGGUACCUCUUCGAUCUCUCCAGGAUGGCGGAGCUGGACGACGUCGUGGGCGCGGAGCUCCGGAUCUUGCGGAGACCCCCGGAGAACCGGAGCUUGGCUUCGUCCCGGGAGGGGCUGCUGCAUCGCCUCCUGCUCUCCGCUUGCGCCGGCCACCCCGGAGGAGAAGGCCGCGAGCCGGAGCUCCUGGACUCCCGGGCGGGAGACGUCUUGGACGCGGUCAACUUCAAGGAGCUGGGCUGGGACGACUGGAUCAUCGCGCCGCUGGACUACGAGGCCUACCACUGCGACGGCGUGUGCGACUUCCCGCUCCGCUCGCACCUGGAGCCCACCAACCACGCCAUCAUCCAGACGCUCAUGAACUCCAUGGACCCGGAGUUCAAGGAGCUGGGCUGGGACGACUGGAUCAUCGCGCCGCUGGACUACGAGGCCUACCACUGCGACGGCGUGUGCGACUUCCCGCUCCGCUCGCACCUGGAGCCCACCAACCACGCCAUCAUCCAGACGCUCAUGAACUCCAUGGACCCGGAGGCCACCCCGCCCAGCUGCUGCGUCCCCUCCAAGCUCAGCCCCAUCAGCAUCCUCUACAUCGACUCGGGCAACAACGUGGUGUACAAACAGUACGAGGACAUGGUGGUGGAGUCCUGCGGCUGCAGGUAGCGGCCCUGCCCGGGGGGCCCCCCUCCGCCUGGCUCUGGCCUUGCUUCCA